AUGUCGCAUCAGACCGACCAAGAGGGUGGGGCCAGAUCUAGGGCUACCAAAAAGGCCGCCGCGCAAGCCGAUCAAACGAAACGUGCGGCGGGGAAAAAGGCUGAGGUGGGAAAGCAGAAGCCCGGGAAGAAGGCGGAGGACAAGGGGAAGCAACCAACGGCACGCAAGCGUGUUUCGGCCGUCAGGAGCGAUGCGGAUGUUGCCACUGCUGCCCUCGAGCCCGGUCAUUCUGACGACGGCACCAUCGGCGGGAACGAAGACCCUGGGCGUGGCGGCGUGAGUGUUGCCGUCCGGUCGGGGGACAGAGAGGGCUUUGCGACUGGAGGAAAGCACGGCGACUCUCCCCGCCAAGAUCAGGCCGCAACUUUGCCGUCCGUGGCAGAGGCAAAGCAGCAGCAUCUGACGCUGCCCCCCCCGCCCGUGGUCGAAAUAUCUGCUGCAGUGAUAGAUAAGGAGAAGGAUGCUGCGCACGAUUGCACGGAGGGGCCGAAACACGACAUUGCCGACGUAGGAGGCAGACGACAGCCAGCAGUGACGACGCCGGUGGUGCUGAAGUUGGGACAAUGCGAGGCACCACGGCGCCAAGUGGCUUGGCGACAGAUCAUGCAAUGCGGCAUAAGGUGGGAUCCGGUCCGAGGAAACCAUCUAGCGGACGGAGGGGGAAGCAAUCUUCGGGGGGGAGGUGAAGCGGAUGUUGAGGACGAGGGGGAUGGGGAGGAGGAGGCCGAGGAGGAUGCGGAGGAGGAGGACGAGGAUGCAGGGGAGGGAGAAAAGGACGAGGAUGAGCAGGAGGGCGACGAUGAUGAGGAGGAGGAGGAGGAGGAGGAGGAUGAGGAUGAGGACGAUGAGGAGGACGAUGAGGGGAACGACGAGGAUGAGGAGCAGGAGGAGGAGGAGGAGGAUGAGGAGGAGGAGGAGGAGGAGGAGGAGGAGGAGGAGGAGCAGGAGGAGGAGGAGGAGGAGGAAGAGGAGGAGGAGGAUGAUGAGGAGGAGGAUGAGGAGGAGGAGGACGACGAGGAGAAAGAGGAGGUGGAGGAAGGGGCGGAUGAGGAGGAGGAGGAGGAGGAGCCGGCAGGGAAAGGACGGGGCGCGCGAGGCGGGCGGGGGAGUGGCACAGGGAAGGUGGGGGGCCGGUCUGGACAAUCCCGGAAACGCGGGGCGGGUGACGCAAUGCGUGGCGGACCAGCGGGCAAAUCGAAGGCGCGUAAGGUGAAGGUUGAACUUGACCGGGGUGGAAGGAAGCAAGUGAGACAGGGAGCUAAAGGCGAUGGAGACGGAAAGGGACCGCGCGCGAAAGGGGUACCUGUGGGUUCGGCAAAGAAAGAACCUGCCCGUAAACGAGGCAGCACCCGCCAAAGCACACCACGGAAAUGGGGCAAUGAUAAGGAGCAGGCAGCAAAACCGAAGGGACCGCAACGUUGGAAGGAGAAGGUUGACGAAUCGGCUAAACCGGGCAUUGGGCCACCGGUAACCGUGCAACGGAUGCAGCUAGUGAAAGGGGCCGGAAGAGCGAGUGUGGCACCGCUAUCCACAGGAGGACCAAGGGCGGUCUCCCCCCUCGCCGGUCCAUCGCGUGUGCAUCAACCAAGCACCAUUGCCAAUCCCUUCCCUGAGCUUCCCUUUUCCCGCCAGCGUGAUAGUGUGAGGGCACACGGUGCUGCUGCAGAAGACGUUGAUCCCCUUGGCCAGAGAGGGGUUUCUACACACCCUUUUCCGGAUGUCAUGGAUGCGCUGGCUGAAGGUGCAGAGCACGGGCAGUUUGUUACACGAGACGAGUUCCAGCAGCUACGGUCUGAGAUGUACGCCAUGUUUGUGUUGUUCAGGAUCCGUCACUUUGAGAGCUUACGAUGA